AUGGAUAGACAAAAUGGAACUUCAGAAAGCCAAAUUCAAAUUGACGAAGACGAUUCAGAUUGCUUUUUUUUACAACCUGCCUCGUCCCCUUACGAUAUAAAGGCUAAAAUUAAAACUGCAAAUGAAGCUCUUUCAAACGAAGUUCUUUCCGAAACUAAAAGAUUCACAGUAAAGUUCAAAGAUGAUUUUACUUACUACGAAGCAGAUUCAACCCUUCUGGACGUAAGUAGUGUGGAAAGCGAAGAAAACACUCAAAAUACUGUAAUAGAAGAAUGUCCUCAUGAAGAAACUGAAGAGACAGCUCUUUUGGAAGCGAAACUACAAAUCAAUCUUAACAUCCAAGAAGAAAACGUUAGCAGCGAUAGUGAAAUAUCUGAAAAGAUAAUUGAAAACAAAGACGACAAUAGUGACGAUAGUUCUAAACAAAUGACGGAAAUCGACGCAAAUAACUGUGACGAACGAUGUCCGUCAGUGAAUCUUGGAAGUUCUAUAAAGGACGAUGUCUUCACUCAAGAAGACGUAACUUCUGAAGAUAACAGCGUGGAUACUCUCAAUGGCUUCGACGAAAUUGAAGAUAAUGAAGAAGAAGGGCCUUUUGUGACUCUCGAGGCUGAAGAAGUUCAAAAAAGUGACCACUCUGACAUCAGAAUCGAUCUUCAAAAGGGUGAGAAACCGGCCAAACAAACAUCGCCACAUCGAAUAAUUUGCAGAGAUCAUUGCAUAGACAGAUUUGACAGUGUGGAAGAAAUAAUGAAACAUAAAACUCCAACACCUGCAUGCUGUCCAUUACUGAGACUUCGAAAGCGUUACUGUUGCGAACAAAACGAAUUCAAGCAACAGCAAAAGUUACCUGUCUACACAGGAAAACGUUCAGAAUACGGUAUGAGCUCCAAAGACAUGCAGGAGGCCAGAAAAAGGAAAGCGUUACAAGAAAAACUCAAAAUAGAAGAGAGCCGUAUUAUCGAAGAAAACAGGCGCAGAAGAAUCGAAGAAAACGAAAAGAUAUUCACGAGGUGGUUGCAAGACGUGACCAAGAGAAAAAAAUCGCAACAUCAGGAUAAAACAACAAAACAACAACGGAAAGCAUACUCUGAACGGUUCGAUCGAAAUUCUACCAACAAAGUUCGCCCAACUACUGCAAAUAACAAGACCAGUGUACAGUACCAGAAGAAAAAAAGACCUCAAACAUGCCCCGCUAGUAUAUGCAUUGAAAUACCACAAAGAAUUUUGAAAAAGGGUGUUAUCAUAGGUGACGUCAAAAUAUCAACUCGUACCAAAAAGUCUAAUGAAUAUCAUGUAAUGGAAAUUUUCUAA